AUGGUCGUCGUCACCGAGUCGAUCUGCACGAUCUCCUCGACAAAAGAUAAUGUGAAAGGAGCUGAGUCAGAAAUCGGUGGCACCGAUCCGAUACUUCGUAUAACAGAUAAGUGCGAUGAAGACCGUGCGGUCAAAGAUGUGGAAGUGCAUUUGGGUGUGAUUCGAAAUCGUCACGGUGAUCACAAAUUGAUAGCAAAUUUCUUCACUAUUAGUUUGCUGUCUUUUUUUCGUCGCAUUUGCGCACGAAGUUCAGUUCGUUUCAUAAUUGACAAGCACACACUGAAUUCGGUUGAAGCGAUGAGUGAUGAUGCUUAUGCAAAUGAAUCAGUAAUGAAAUGCGUUUUUUUCAAGGGAACAACACCAAUGAGUUUCGAUGCAAAUAAAUUUCACCAAAUCAGAAUACCGGUUUACGGCGGUGGUGCAUGCACCUAUACUGUGCCAAAACGUUACGUUAAUCUGGCGUUCAUCAGUAUGGGUGCUCAAGGAACUGUUGUGCGUGCCGAGGACACCAUCACAAAGGCAACAGUUGCUAUCAAGAAAGUGCAACAUCCAUUUCUGACCCCAAUGAACGCGAAGAGAACAUAUCGAGAAUUUGUUCUACUUGUCACCAUGAAGCAUCCAAAUUUGAUACGAUUAAUAAAUGCAUUUUCACCGCAAACUUCACUUCGCGAUUUCGAAGAAAUCUAUCUGGUGAUGGAAUAUAUGAAUUUCAAUCUGGCAGAAGUGAUACAAAAACUUCAACUUGAUCAAAAAAAUCUUUCGUAUUUCACGUAUCAAAUGAUUGUCGCAAUGAAAUAUAUGCAUCGUAGUGGCAUUAUUCACAGAGAUCUUAAACCAAGUAAUAUUGUUGUCAAUAAUCGAUGUAUUCUAAAAAUUCUCGAUUUUGGGUUGGCCAGAAAAAUGGAAACCAAAGAGCCAAUGUCUGGUUAUGUGGUAACUAGAUACUAUCGUGCACCUGAAGUAAUCCUUGGUUUGCCAUAUACUGAAAAAGUGGAUGUUUGGGCUAUUGGAUGUAUUUUGGCUGAGAUGAUCUUACGAAAGACCUUAUUUCGUGGAAUCGAUCGUUUAGAUCAGUGGUCCAAAAUCACAAGUCUUCUUGGGACGGGUGACAAGGCUUUCAUUGAUCGAUUGGAUAAGCAUGCGAGGAUGUAUGUGCGAAGUAGGGCGCCUGUUGAUCCCACUCCAUUCGACGUGAUCUUUCCGGAUGAAGCCUUUACGGGUCAUUUUCCGAAUGCUCCUCAACUUUGUCCAAAAAAUGCCCGUGAUCUACUAUCAAAAAUGCUGCAAAUCGAUCCAGAAAAGCGUAUAAGUAUUGAUGAGGCUGUACACCAUCCUUAUGUAAAACUGUGGUUUGAUGAGUCCGAAUGGAACACUCCACUUCCAGAGAAUCGUUAUGAUCCACAAAACGAUGUUAUCGAAAGACCAAUUGAGGAAUGGCGAGGUGCUCACUUAUUCAAAGUUUCAGAGUUACUCUUUAACGAAGUAAAGCGAUAUGAACAGAGGCACGACAUUCAUCUAGGAAUACCUUCUCCCAUACCCACUUCCGACACACAGCCUUCAGUCUGA